AUGCAUCAUCUCUUUGGAGUUGUUUUGGGACAAAAGGACCUUUCACGUGCAGGGGACCUCUUCUCCUUAGACGAUUCCGAAAUAGAAGGGUGCCUGUCAGAAGCUCUUGAGCAAAUAAAAAUUAUCAGUUCUUCUCCGGACUACCAAACAAACGACAAUGACCAGGCAGUUGUGGAAAUCUGUAUCACUCGAAUCACCACAGCUAUCAGGGAGACAGAAUCCAUAGAGAAACAUGGAAAAUCCCUAGUUGCUCUUUGGGAGUCGUGCUUGGAGCACAACCUGAAACCUUCAGGAAAAGAUGAAGACACACCACAUGCAAAAAUUGCAUCUGAUAUUAUGAGCUGCAUUUUGCAGAAUUACAAUCGUCCUCCCAUCAUGGCCCUGGCUGUCCCAGUGGCUGUGAAAUUCCUGCAAAGGGGUAACAAAGAGCUGUGUAGGAACAUGUCGAGUUAUCUUUCCCUGGCUGCCAUCAGCAAAGCAGAUCUACUGGCUGAGCACACAGAAACCAUUGUAAAAAGUGUCCUGCGAGGUAAGAAAAAGC